AUGUCUACGCAACCACCGUGGGACCGAUCACGCUCGAAGCGCAGUCGAUCGCGAUCCCCAUCUUGGCGUCAACCCCAGAAAACCCCCCGCAGAGACGAAAGAGGUGGAGGCUAUCAACAGAAUUCCGAACGGGAUGGCAGACAGUAUCGCCAGUCGCAUCACCGAAAUGACCAAGUUCGGCUGAACCAGCUCCAAGAGGAUGAGCAGGAGCGACAAUGGGUUGCGCAGGAGGAUAUCUUCGUGCUGAAGCAGGCUAAGAGGAAGGCAGAGAUCCGAGUCAAGGAAGGGCGCGCGCAGCCUAUUGACUGGCUCACUGUCACCCUUCGUUUUAUUGAUCCCGAGCGUAAUCCCUUGGAUGACGAAAUUACGGACGCCGAGCUUGAUGUAGUCGACCCAGAUGGAGUAUUUGAGGGCUUGUCACAUCCAGAGCUGCAGGACUUGGAGAAAGAAAUUGUGACGUUCUUCAACUUGGAGUCAAAUGCAAAAAACCGCGAAUAUUGGCAGACUAUGAAAAUUAUUUGUCGAGACCGCAUGAAGACCUCCGCACCAGAAGGACGCUCCCUUAGCUCCGUUGCUACCGACAUCAACAAACUCCUACGCCCAAAAACAUUUGAACAACUGCAGGCACUGGAGGUGCAAGUGAAAAGAAAAUUGAAUUCCAAUGAGCCUAUCGAUACAGAUUAUUGGGAAGAGCUCUUACGCAGUUUGACAGUCUGGAAGGCCAGAGCACGACUCCGAACUGUUUAUAAAAGUGUUAUCGACGAGCGCGUUCGAGAUCUAAGAAAGGAGCAGAAAUGUGAGGCUGAAUCUAUUCGGGCAAAGUUGGCACCUCUUGCGCCUCUUGCUAGUAGUCAGGAGCAGCUCGCCUGUAUAGAUUCUGUCCAAUUCAAAAAUCUGGACCCUGAUCCGUUGCUCCAAUUGGACCAGGAAGCCAAAGGAUUGGAGAGAAUGGACGAGUCUGUAUUUCUACGUCAAGUGGCCCAGGAACGCCAAAAGAUUAUCCGCAUGGGAUUUGUCCCUCUACGUCAGCGAGCAACUGAAAGGUCGACUGCCACCAUUGGCACGACUAAUUCCAGUAGUACAUCCGCACAGGCCAUCUCCAAUCGAUUCUCCUCCAUUCCUAAUGGCGAUUUCUCACAAGCAACCAAGGCACUUUACGACAAGGAAUUGGCCAAGGGAAUCAGUGAGAAUGAAGAAAUCUUUACGGGCGAAGAAGCCGUCAGCACACCAUCACAAUCCCAAUGGGCUGGCAAGUACCGACCGCGAAAACCCCGAUACUUUAACCGGGUGCAAAUGGGCUAUGAAUGGAAUAAGUACAACCAAACCCAUUACGACCAUGACAACCCUCCACCCAAGGUCGUACAAGGUUACAAGUUUAACAUCUUCUACCCCGAUCUGAUCGACAAAACUCAAGCUCCGACAUUCCGUAUCGAACGAGAGAAUGGUCGCAAGAAGGGUCAGUCUUGGGCCGCUGCUGGCGAAGAAGAUACUUGCUUGAUUCGAUUCAAGGCUGGCCCUCCGUAUGAAGAUAUCGCCUUCCGAAUUGUCGACAAAGAAUGGGACUACAGUUCUAAGCGAGAAAGAGGAUUUAAGAGUACCUUUGAUAAGGGAAUUUUGCAACUUCAUUUUCAGUUCAAGAGAAUCUAUUACCGGAAGUAA